AUGGAAUUAUUAACCUUCAUAUUUUGGGUCAUUGUGGUCCUGGUGAUCAUUGGCAAGUUAAAGAAACAAAGAUCAACCAACAAGGAUAGUAGCAAUUCCGAUGAAUCCAGUAGUGGUGCAUCAUCAAGCCUUGCAUUCGGAGAUGAUUACAACUCGAUUGAGGAAGUACAGGAAGCAUUGAGAAGAACCGGAUUAGAGGGAUGUAAUUUGAUUAUUGGAAUUGAUUACACCAAAAGUAAUGAGGAGCAAGGAAGAUAUACCUUUGGUAAUAGAAAUCUUCAUUCUAUUGAUCCCAUCGGGGAUGUGAUCAAUCCCUAUGAAAAAAGUGAUUAG